AUCUCUCCUCUGUCAGUGUAGGCAGGCUGUACCAGCCGCCCCGCUCAGACGUGAUGUUUCAGCUGUAAAGCAAAUUAUAAAAACUGACAAGAGUGCUCCAGACUUUAUUUGAGAGCAAAUGUGACCAUUUCCCGACAGUCCCCUCCUACAGGGUUUUCAACACAGACAUCUUUUCUUGUGGGCUCUCCAAAAGCAGAAGACCACCGACCCCCCUUAUGUGACCAUCUCACCACCAACAACAUUCAAUCAAGGAUCCGCAGCAGAGGCAGUCGAUCUGACCGGGGCUGAAGUAACAGGCUGCUGCUUUGGACAACCCAGGAGAAACUUUCUUCCCUGGCUUGUGCACGGUGAACUGUGACCGCUGCUGUGUGGGGUUUUUGUGUGCGCCGCCUCUCACUUUAUUUCGACGUGGGUGAGCAGUGUGUGCUUGUGUGGCACCUCCCCGCUCCUCCAUAGACCUGGUUGCCCCCCUAGUACCUUGCAGGCUGCACCAUGCAUUUCUUCUGCACCUCCUGGCUACUAUAGUUAGAGCAGGAUCCCGAGAUUUCUCCCCCAGCCGACUCCCCCUUGCCUUGGUUUGGACUCCGGACCGUGCGUCAUGCCGCGACACCUGAAGCACAUCCCGGUCCCGUUGCAGGACCGCAUGGUUCCUUUGUAACUGGAUCUACUUUUUUUGUAGGGAGAGGAGGGCAUGCUCUCCUCGUCUCUGGAGAACACUUGCAAAGAGGAGAAGAAAGUAGAAAGACGAGGGUGAGCAGCAGCGACAGACAGAGGGAGAGAUUAUCUUAGACAGUGUAACUUACUUGUAGAUGUUUGAUCAGACCACGACUAUGGGCGAUGGGAACCACCGCUGUGGACCCAACCCUCUGUGUCCGGACCGGAUGGAGACAAAGUGCCGCGCCGAGAUAGGGAGCCGGUCCCCGGUUCUGAGCUCCACGGACACCCCGGGGACAUCAGCGUCCACCCCGACGUCCUCCAGCGAAGACGGACACGACAAACUUUUGGGAGUGGACCCUGACUACUGUCGGAGGAUAUUAGUAAGAGACGCCAAAGGCACCAUCAGGGAGAUCGUGCUGCCGAAGGGCCUCGACCUGGACCGGCCCAAGCGCACGCGGACCUCCUUCACGGCCGAGCAGCUGUACCGGCUCGAGCUCGAGUUCCAGCGGUGCCAGUACGUCGUGGGGCGCGAGCGCACCGAGCUCGCGAGGCAGCUGAAUCUCUCCGAAACACAGGUCAAGGUGUGGUUCCAAAACCGCCGGACCAAACAGAAGAAGGACACCACCAAGGAUUCAGACAAACGCUCCUCCACCACGAACGAGUCAAUGGCCACCUGCAACAUCCUGCGCCUCCUGGAGCAGGGCCGCCUCCUAUCGGGCCCCGUCCCACCACCUAACUCCCUCCUGGGGCCUCAGCCACAUCCGGCACACAACGGCUCCCUGCUGAGCAGCCCGGGCGGAGGCUCCUCCACCUCUCCGGGGAUCAGCAGCAGCACUCCUCCCAGCUCCCUACCAGGGGGGACUUUCGGGCUGUCGCUGCCCUCACUUGGCGGCACAUCGCCAUCACCGCGGCUGGGCGUCCCGCCGCCGCACUCCCUCUGCUUCUCCCUGCCGCUGCUGGGGGGCGCUCAUCAUGAACUGACAUCUGCCUACGGCUGCGGUUCUUCAGCUUUUGAGCCGUACAUGCGGCUGGACAGGAAGGAAGCAGAUCUGGGAGGGAAGAAGACAGUUUCUUAAGUAAAGUGUCCCUCUUUUAGGACACCAGGGGACUGGGACUUGUCUCUGUAAGAGCUUUUCUCCUCAGUCAUUCACCCUGCCGCCUGUUUGACACUUGAGUGGCAGCAGACGGGGGAAAGAAAGCACCCUGGUUCAUGAGAAAUGUGAGAAAUGGAAGAGACCAGGUUGCUGUCCUUGCAACACCAUUUUGUGCCAUAGCACUGUCGGGCACACUGACACAAAAUGGUGAAAAGGACAUGAUGUGAUGGAGACUCUCCCGCAUAAAAAAAACUUGUGAAUUUUUGCAAAAAUGCCGUGUGUGUAUGUUGCGUGAACCCUGACAGACAGAUGUUUUUAUCACCACUCUCUUCGCAGUGGUUUCAAGUGACUCUUCACUUUUUGUCCAGUGAGUUUGUGUGUGUGGUUUUCUCUCUAUACAGGCCUUCAUUUACUGUUCAGGAAAAAAAACAAUACUUGACAUGGGUAAUUCAGACUGAAUCAGUGUCUGAAUGAGAAGAGUGGUAUUUCAAAGAAAGCAGUUUGUACACAUUUCAGUACAUAUUCCCGUAUAAGUGGCCAUGUUUGAUUUUAGUUAAUGUGCUAUCACAAUAUGGAAGAAACACUGAAAAAAAAAGAAUUGUAGCAUUUUAAUAUCAGUCUUUUUGGUGUCCAGCAGUAGUUUUUGUAAAUUCUUUAUUUGGUUGUGUUUGUAUAUGAAAUAAUAUGUGGUAGGAUCUGGACAAAAAUUACAUAUCUAGAUCCGAUAGUUUAAUAUAAAAGAACAUGAGAAGAAAGAAGAGUAGUUUUGUGAGAAAGCUGGUUAGACUCUGCCAAAGCAUUUAUGGAUUAAGCUUUGGAGGAGCCACACUUGUGUCCUCCAAUCACUGAAGCAAGUCAAGGUCAAACAGAGAAAUGACCUUUGGACCCAGAUUAACUUUUCAGUCUAUGAUUCACAGACGUCACAGUUUCCCUUUGAGACAGUUAAAGACUCAAAGAAAAAGUUUUGAAACACAAGAAUUAAACAUCUGGCCGAGGUUUUGGACAAUUUUUCUAUUCACAGAACCAAAUUUGUGUAGGCCGCAAAUGAAAGCGUUGUUCUGCUCUUCAAGGAGUCAGGUAGUCUCAAUCCACAGAUCCAGAGAUUUCUGUUUGCAUCUUGUUUCUUGGUGUGGUGCGAUUAUUAACAGAAAAUUAAUCGGCAAUGUUUUUUGUCAUUCUUUGAGCAAAAAUACCAAACAUUUUCUGGUUCCAGCUUCUAAAACGUGACGAUUUGCUGUUUUCUUUUUAAUAGACGUUACCAUGGACUCUGAGAAAUUGUGAAUACCAUUUUUUCACAGUUUUUUUUAACAUUUCAUAGACUAAACAAUUAAUUGAGGAAAUAACUGGCAGAUUAAUUGAUAAUGAAAAUAAUCAUCAGUUACAGCCUUAGCUGGUCACAAUGAGCCAUGACACCUGUGGAAUCAGCUGGUGUUUUACCCCAAUACAUUUUUCUUAUUUAAGUUGGCCAUUAUAUGUUUUGCAACAACAUCAUAACUAUCAGACGUACUGUUUCAUCAGGUCAUAUCCAUAAUCACUAGAAAUCUCAAUGUAUUUUUACACAGGAAACUUUUACUGUGUGCACAUGGUUAGGAUGCAAUAAGCUGCAGCAUCACAUGUGUCUUUUUAAUGAUAUUGUAUUUUUCUUCAAAUUGGUAUUUGUGUUGGCUCCAUGUUUUCCUUUUUGAUGUUUUACGCUGACUUUUGUCUCGCCCUCCUGUUAGACUUUACCUCGGCCCGUCUUAAACGAAAAUAUUUCCUCUGCUUGCCCCUCAUUGAAAGCACUUUAUGUUUGUAGGUUUUUAUGCUUCCUUCUUUAUCUCUACUUUUUUUGCUUUUGAAUGCAUUUCAAUAACUCCUUAUUGACAGACUGAAAAUCCUCCCAGCUUUCACAGCUUUAAUAUGAGUCAGGGUUUGGAGUUGCUUUAUUCUUAGAAAGGUAUUUUUGUUAUUAAUGCCAGAAAACCCCUCAGUUAUUUCCAGCUACAUUUUCUUUCAGCUACAUUUUUAAUUUUACAUUAAUUAAUUGAUUGAUUUGAACCUAAAUUGACCUCAAGAUCCAAAAACAGCCCACUUUGAGAAACACAUUUCUCUGUCGUUGUGGAUUGAGAAAUUCAUUCAGGACAGGCUGAAGGAGGAAAGGAAAAGGAUCAGCUGUAGUAUUUUUCUCUCCCAAUAUGAUGCCAUUUGUCCAGAUUUCCGCUGUCCAAAGAACAUCAAAACUCACCUGCAAUUCGCAACAGUUUGCCCUCAAUUUGUGCAUGUCAGAUGAGUUAUCGCCCCUUUUUGUUUGUUUGUUGCUUCUCAUUUUUCACGUCUUUUUUCCCAAUGUAUCUAUUCAUUUCUAGGUUUCGUUUCAUUGUGAGGUUUAAUAGCCUACGUUUACCCGAUCCCUUUCUCUUACACUGACUGAAGGUGACUCGACAUCUAUUUAAAAAAUAAAACGGACACUCUCAUGACAUCAAUUUAAAAAGCUGCUCACAAGUAAAGGCCAGGCUACGUCUAAAACAGCCGAGCACGUUUUCAGCUGCAGAUACAUUUCUUGUGGAGUGCAUGGAGAGGUUGUGACCUCAGCCUAUGAAAACUCCCUGUCUGUCAGCUCACCGGGCCUUUUGCACCAGUGUAGCGCCGGCUGGUAGCAGGUGAUUUGUUGUUGUUGUGUUCAACCCCCUGUUAUCCAUUCACAGCUCUUUGCAGCGGUGCACCUGUGCUGUUGUUGAACACUGUAUUAUUUUCUAUAAGCACCAUCCAUAAUUGACAGGCUGUGGCAUCAAAUAUUAAGCAGAGAGAUGGAGCUGAGAGGUCAGGAGGCUUGCUUCUCGUGUAAGGCCCUUUCACAAACCCGUUUUUUCCCUUUACUCACAACAGGGUCGUGUUGCUUCGUUGCUAAGUUGCUCUUCUGUGUCGUAAGCAAAACACAGUUGUUCCCCAUUUUUAGCUAGUUGUUGUUGCAGGUUUUAGAGCUGCAUAUGAUAGUGAAUAAGUGAGCCCUCAGAACUGCUGUAAAAAAUCUCUUAAUUGAUCUCGUUUUCAGUUUGUCAGUCAAUGUGACAGGAAAGGAAGAUCAGACAUUUAGAAAGCAGAUUUUGUGGUUUGGUGGUUACAAAAGACAUCUUCUCACACUGUGGUGUAUUGUAAUGUAAAUCUGCAGUUACUGUAUUGUACACUCAGUCAUGGCGAGGCUACUGAAGAGCAGCUACUAGAUGAACGAUUUGGCUUGAGGGAAGACAGUCAAAGAAGUGAGAUGCCACUUCUCUUUCAGGCAAGAGAGAGAAGCUUUGUAAAGCCUUGCAUCAGUUAAACGAAGCCUUUUGUUUUUAUUUUUGGUUCUACCGUUUUUUUCCUGCUUUCUUUAGCUUCUUUUUCAGGCAGUUUCUUCUCAUUCCAGCUGAGUGGAAGUUUUGCUUUUGUUGUGUGCAAUCUGUGACAUCUUGCACUUGUUUAGGUUACCACCAUCUCAGAAGCAUUAAGAGCCUUCUCAUGGCUCUCCCUACUGCAUCAUGAUUUUUUCAGAUGGGUAAAGUCCUUUGAGAUUGUGUGGAAAUGUUCCUUUACUUUAAAAAUGAACUGAUUCUGCUUGGUUUACUUUUUCUUUAUGCACAGCUAAGGUCCUGCAUAGGCCGUAACUUUGUUUCUUUAAGCAGUAAAAGGUACUUAAUGUCAAGCUAAUGGCACCAGCUACUACUUAUGAUGAACAAACUCUAUGUACAUAGAUAUAAAUUUAUAUAUGAAUAUAUAUAAAUGGGUCUUUGCACAAGUUAUCUUUUCAUGUCCGCUCCAUGUGAUUUUAACAGGAAAAACAAAAUGCGAAGGAAGAUUCAGAAAAAAAGACUUUAUAUAUGCUUUACAAUUCUUUGUCUCAUUAACAUUUUGCACUUAUUUAAAGAGGCUUACUUCUGUUUCUGGGCUGACAGAGCUGUUUUCAUGCUCGGCCAAGAUAUUGUACAAUAUGUAUAUGUAUUUUUAUUCAUAUGCAUAUAAAUAUAUGUCUAUGUAA